AUGAAAAUAUACAAUGGCGACUUUCUGUACGAGUCUACCGUUUUGGGCAGCAAUGGAUCAGUGACAUGUAACAAGUACUUCCGGUUCUUUGGUGACAGCAAUACAGCAGUGUGUGACGCGACUGGACAGUGGUCAGGACUUAGUGGACACUGUGGACAGGUGGAAUGGCAUGACCAGAAAACCGACUUCAGGGUGCUUAUUCCAGAGCCUCUCAAAGAUGGAUGGCAAAUGGUAUUUCGUGGAACACCUUGGAAUGCCUGCACGCACUUUUCUCUGAAUGUGAGGAAUAAAGAGAACCUUCUUGUGAGUAUGGAUGUGAGAUUUAACAUCUACAACGAUGUAAAUAAGGUCCUCUUCAACUCAAAUAUCGAUUCUGUAUGGGGGAAAUCUUUCUACAGCAACUAUUUUCCAUUCAAAGAACUUGAACUGUUCGAAAUGCGGAUAAUGCUGCAGUCAAAUGUCUUUAAGUUUUAUGUCGAUGAAAAGUACUUGGAUGAGUUUACGUUGGCGCAGCCUGCUGAAAGUGUUGUGAAGAUCGCAAUAAUUUUCGAAGUGACUAUUGACAUGUUAAAACUCAUAUAUUGAAGAAUAAAUGCAUAUUACUGACUCCCUAAAUGUUUGAUUUCAUUCUACAUGUAGUAACUUAACAGAUUCGCAUUUGGUCUUUUGGACAUGUUAAAACUCAUAUAUUGAAGAAUAAAUUUAUAUUACUGACUCCCGAAAUGUUUGAUUUCAUUCUGUGAACUCGCCAGUUUCGGAUUUUGUCCUUUUGACACGUUAAAAUUCAUGUCAGCUGGCUGAAAGUGUUGUGAGGUCGCAAUAAAUUUCGAAGUGACUAUUGAUAUGUUAAAACUCAUAUGUUGAAGAAUAAAUUCAUGUUACUGACUUUCGAAAUGUUUUAUUUCAUUCUGUUAACUUGCCAGAUUCGCAUUUUGUCUUUUAGACAUGUUACAACUCAUAUGUUGAAGAAUAAAUUCAUAUUACUGACUCUUGAAAUGUUUGAUUUCAUUCUAUUAACAUGACAGUUUCGCAUU